CGGAGGAAGCCUGAGCGGCGCGGAGCCCGGCGCAGCCCGCGGACGCCAUGGGGCUGCCCACCCUGGAGUUCAGCGACUCGCUCCUGGACAGCCCCGACUUCAGGGAGCGCCUGCGGUGCCACGAGGUGGAGCUGGAGCGCACCAACAAGUUCAUCAAGGAGCUGCUCAAGGACGGCUCGCUGCUCAUCGGGGCGCUGCGGGAUCUCUCGAUGGCAGUGCAGAAGUUUUCCCAGUCCCUCCAGGACUUCCAGUUUGAGUGUAUUGGUGAUGCGGAAACGGACGAUGAGAUUAGCAUUGCUCAGUCACUCAAAGAAUUUGCAAGGCUACUUAUUGCUGUAGAAGAAGAGAGGAGAAGACUGAUUCAGAACGCCAAUGACGUCCUCAUUGCACCUCUGGAGAAAUUCCGGAAAGAGCAGAUUGGGGCGGCCAAAGAUGGAAAGAAGAAGUUCGACAAAGAAAGUGAAAAAUACUACUCUAUUCUCGACAAGCAUUUGAACUUGUCUGCAAAGAAGAAGGAGUCUCAUCUCCAAGAGGCAGACACACAGAUUGACCGAGAACAUCAAAACUUCUACGAGGCGUCCUUAGAAUAUGUCUUUAAGAUUCAAGAAGUUCAGGAAAAGAAGAAGUUCGAGUUUGUUGAGCCGCUCUUGUCCUUUCUGCAGGGCUUGUUCACCUUCUACCAUGAGGGCUACGAGCUCGCCCAGGAAUUCGCCCCGUACAAGCAGGAGCUGCAGUUCAACUUGCAGAACACAAGGAACAAUUUCGAAAGCACGCGACAAGAGGUGGAGCGGCUGAUGCAGAGGAUGAAGUCGGCCAACCAGGACUACAGACCGCCCAGCCCGUGGACCAUGGAAGGCUACCUCUACGUCCAGGAGAAACGACCGCUUGGUUUCACGUGGACCAAACAUUACUGCACGUAUGACAAGGGAAGCAAAACCUUCACCAUGAGUGUUUCAGAAAUGAAGUCCGGCGGAAAAGUGAACGGCCUCGUGACCAGCUCCCCAGAGAUGUUCAAGUUAAAGUCCUGCAUCCGGCGAAAGACGGACUCGAUCGACAAGCGGUUCUGCUUUGACAUAGAAGUCGUGGAAAGGCAUGGCGUCAUCACGCUUCAGGCCUUCUCCGAAGCCAACCGGAAGCUGUGGCUGGAAGCCAUGGACGGGAAGGAGCCGAUUUACACCCUGCCCGCCAUCAUUAGCAAGAAAGAAGAAAUGUACCUGAAUGAAGCCGGCUUCAACUUCGUGAGGAAAUGCAUCCAAGCCGUGGAGACGCGAGGCAUCACCGUCCUCGGCCUGUACCGCAUCGGAGGAGUCAACUCCAAGGUCCAGAAGCUCCUGAGCACCACCUUCUCUCCCAAAUCCCCUCCAGAUAUUGACAUUGAUGUUGAACUGUGGGACAAUAAGACGAUCACCAGUGGGCUGAAAAACUACCUCAGGUGCCUGGCUGAGCCGCUGAUGACGUACAAGCUGCACCAGGACUUCAUCCUGGCCGUCAAGUCAGACGACCAGAACUACAGGGUGGAGGCCGUGCACGCCUUGGUACACAAACUGCCCGAGAAGAACAGAGAGAUGCUGGACAUCUUAAUCAAGCACCUGGUCAAGGUGUCGCUGCACAGCCAGCAGAACCUCAUGACCGUCUCCAAUCUGGGCGUCAUAUUUGGCCCCACGCUGAUGAGAGCCCAGGAGGAGACGGUGGCCGCCAUGAUGAGCAUCAAGUUCCAGAACAUCGUGGUGGAGAUCCUCAUCGAGCACUACGAGAAGAUCUUCCACUCGGCCCCAGACCCGAACGUGCCUCUCCCCCAGCCCCAGUCUCGAUCCGGGUCCCGCAGGGCGCGCGCCAUCUGCCUGUCCACCGGCCCUCGGAAGCCCCGGGGGCGGUACACGCCGUGCCUGGCCGAGCCCGACAGUGACUCGUACAGCAGCAGCCCGGACAGCACGCCCAUGGGCAGCAUCGAGUCCCUGUCCUCCCACUCCUCCGAACAGAACAGCACGAGCAAGCCGGCCCCCUGCCCGCCCCGGGAGAAGCCCGGAGGGGUCCCCUGGAUCGCCACCCCGUCGCCCUCCAGUGGGCAGAAGAGUCUGGGUCUCUGGACCACCAGCCCCGAAUCGAGCUCUCGCGAAGACGCCGCCAAAACAGACGCCGAGUCGGACAGUCAGAGCGUGGCCUCGGUGGCCAGCCCGGGGGACGGCUCCCCACCCGCGGACCCUGUCAAGAAGGGCCCCUACGGGCUUCCGGGGCUCCGGAGAACCCCGGGCUGCUCUCUCCGAUCUGUCUCUGCAGCUGAAGGAAACAAGAGCUACAGCGGAUCCGUUCAAAGCUUAACUUCUCUAGGCUCCAAGGAGUCACCCAAAGCCACACCAAACCCAGAGCUGCCCCCCAAAAUGUUCAGGAGGCUAAGGCCAGACACGGCGUCCAGCAAUGGCUACCAGAGGCCUGGCUCAGUAGUGGCAGCAAAGGCCCAGCUGUUUGAGAAGGCCGGCUCUGUGAAGGCGGCUUCCUCCGGGCGGCAAGCCAGAGCCAUGUACUCCUGCAAGGCCGAACACAGCCACGAGCUCUCCUUCCCUCAGGGGGCGCUCUUCUCCAACGUGUACCCCUCCGUGGAACCCGGGUGGUUGAAAGCUACCUACGAAGGCAAGACGGGACUCGUCCCCGAGAACUACGUUGUCUUCCUCUAGUGCUGUCGCCGGUGCCGGCCGCAUCUUCAUGGUAUCCAUGGUAACGAGUAAUAAGCGCGAUGAUUUUAUCUGACACAGAUAGGAGGACCGGCCCACGAAAUGUAAACAGUCAAUUUCUGUCAAGUUCCACACCAGCAGACUGUGUAGCUCCGUUAAUGGAAAAAGGAAAAAACAAUAUGUUUAGAUCACAGCCAUUCUUUUAUGGCUUGUUUUCUCGUUGUUUUAAUAACCUGCUUUUUUUGAUAAUAAGUAAUUUUCUAUGAUGUUUCCUCCGUGACGCUUGUAUUCUCGGUUACUGCAUUCAUGUUCAUCGCUGUAUCCCCUAAAAUUCGGAAGCCAGAACUCCGCUGCGUGGAUUUUGAGCUCGGAACUUCCCGGCCUGGUAGUCUCUGGGGAAACUUGGAAUCAGGACUUUAAAGAGUAAUUUAAAUCAUUCAUUUCUUAUUUGUCUGUAAAGAAGUACACUUCUUUUGUAUGUGAUUGUUCUGCUGGUCCUGAACAUUUCAAAGUGAGAGAAGUCUGUGUUCUCAUGUGAGGUGUUCUGUUUGUUUCCAAGUCGACGGCGGUGGCCGCGGAUGGGCACGUGUGGCGUCCGGAGAGCCAGGUGGUGGCGGCAUGCUGGAAGCCGCACGCCGGCCCCGCACAGCUGCUCUGGCUGGGCGGCGGCGGCUCCGUGGUCAGUCCCGAGACUGACGCCCUCCUCCAGAGUUCCCGUGAAACCAUCUUCCUAACUGUGGGAUUUCAUACGGUUUCAUGUUAAAACAGACAUGCUGACGAGUCCUCCGUACACAUCUGCUGGUAACGCCACGGUGACAUCGCACGCGUGGAUGCGGAGCGUGGGUGGGCGCUCAGCGCUCAGCCUCUUGGCUAACGGAGACACCCUUCCACACUCGUGACGGAGGCCGUUCGAAGGAAAGCCGCCGUGUAGAUCAGCUCUCGGUUAAGACGGAAAAAGCAAUACGAAAGUGCAGGACGCUUGUAUUUGUACCACAGAGUUGGGCGUUGUGCUCUCCCCUCAGGGGUGACAUCCAGACACGGUUGUCUGUCUGCCACUCAGGUUUUGUCUUUCCUAGGAAUUCCACUGGCCUUCUGAGGCGUGGAGUGGAGAUGCAUUUGCUACCCGUUGUACCUUGGGGACUGCUCACCCGCAGCCCUCCGCGUCAGUAAUUCUAAUAUAUGAUUUCUGUAGGUCUGUCUGUGUGUGUCCUGGCCUUUGUCUUUCUCCAGAGCUUUCUCUCCUCCCGGAUGCUCGGGUAGCUGCUGUGGAAAACUCUCUAUGUCUCUGAGUGUCUGCAAUCCCAGUUCCUCCUAUUUUGACUAUUUCUAGAUUGAGCACACACACCACUAUGGCCUGAGAGUUCUUGUGACUUAAAUUUGAAAAAUGGGUCAGGGUGAACUAGUCAAGUGUAAUAGUGACAGACAGGUCAGGAGGGCGGUCAGUGAGUGAGUGAAUGAGUGCACACAUGAAUGGAAAUGUGAAGUAAUGUGAAUGGAAGUGUGGUGGUGGAGGUGUAAGUUAGGGAGGUCUUGGGAAGUGCUGAUGCAAGUCUGUCCUUCCUCCUCCCUCCCGCGGUCAGCGGUUCCCUCUCACUUCAGUUCCACCUUAAGGCAGAGGUCGCUGUGUAGUUCACCUCUGCUUCUCCGGCAUUUUCCAAAAUCAAAACGCUAUCGGUGAGGUCACUCGCCCCCGAGGAGUCUGCCCCGGCCCAUCUAGUGUGGUUCACAGACUCAGUCCAGGUACUUAGCAGCGAGACUCCGUUUCCCACGACCACAGCACCGGGCCAUCGCCAGCGUGGUCUUCCUCGGGUACGUGGCCUGGGCUUGGAGAGCGUGGGGCCUGGACAGGAGUGUCAGUCUCGCAGGAUGCUGGCUGCGUGCUGGGCACGUGUUGCUGGCGGUCCAGGGGUCUCUUUCCUCAUCAGUUCCAGAACAAGGCCACGAUGGCGGGCCCUGUGUCCUGAGCUCUGCGGGGAAAUGGAUGUCCUGAAGAGCAGAGCCCUGCCCCCGGCCCAGCACUGCAGCACCGUGGGGCGGAAGGAGGCAGGAGGACUUCCAGCAGACAGCUGUGCCCUGCGGCGUCUCAGCACCGCCGGCUGACAUCGAUGAACCGACCGACCUUGUUCCCCAAAGCCCAAGACGCCAGCCGCGGCCCUGCAGCGGAGAGCUGCGAAAGCUGAAGGCCGCAAUCCCGGUGUCCAACUCGGAGGCGAGACUUUUACACACAGGGAGUUUGGCAGGGAGGAUGCUGGGGUUUAAUUCAGAAUUCUAUUUGUGCGCGGUUCAAGGUACUGUAGUUCCUCUAUGAAACACGGCUUCUUUACGGGCAACAACAUGCCAGAUUAAUAAAUAUGGACACGUUUGUCACUAAGUUAUCA